GGGUUCAGUAACUUACGGGCAGUGUGGUACAGGGGAUCAGGCAGAAGGAUGGUCAGGCAAGCCAGGGGUUCAACAGGAGACGGUCAGCAGAGGUCAGGAUCAAGCAGGGUCAGCAACGAAGCAGGAAAACAGGAUACCAGGUACAGGGGCUCAUGGGAAAACAUACACCAAGGCCCUGAUCACAGGCCUGGUCAUUCCUUAAAUACACCUUCUGCAAUCAGCCCCAGGUUUGGCUGAUUGCAGGAGUGAGCUUCUGGCUGCUGAGAGCACCCGCUGGUCAGCCCUGGUACUGCAGCCCACAUGGCAGGUGAGUCCCACCACCAGUGCUGAGUCCAUUCCUGACACGAAGGAAGGACCCUGCAUUGAUC